CCUGUUUCGGGUCUGGCAAUUGUUCCGCCCGGUCUCUUUUUCUCUGCCUCUGCUGCACUUCCGGGUUUGGCAAUUGUUCGUCCCGGUCUCUUUUUCUCUGCCUCUGUUUGCAGUUCCUGUCCAUGGUCGAUCGAUGAUGCCGCUGCUGGAAGGUCAUGCCAUCUUUUCGAGCGAUCCACACCUACUUGAGGCCAGCUCUUGGCUCGUCCGUAGCAGAGCUCAGAGCGUCAAUACUCCGAUCUAGAAGAUCAAGGACAGCAGCUACAAAUUGUUAAUGGUGUGAGCUCGAGUUAAUCUCUGUGUCUGUUCUUCUUUCAUUUCGCCAGUAAGAAGCUCAGUGACAGAAGCUGGAACUACCAGAAAAAGAAAUCCUGCAGAUUGCAGAUUCAGAGAUGAACUCAUAUGUAUGAUAUUUUACAAGUUCGUUCGUUAAGAUGGAACCCGAAAGAGAUCAGCAUCAACCUGAAGAUGGAUGGGAAAGUCUACCUAUCGAUUUCCUGAUCAAGAUUCUCAGAGAUUAUGAUCUGCGAAAUUCCACUCUUCUGGAAUGUCGUUCAGUUUGUAAGAAAUGGAAGAAAGUCAUAGAUGGUUCUGAGUUACAGGACAAAAUAUGGAAAAAUUCUGCUAUUGUGUGGAAUAUAUAUUGUGUUCUAAACAUGUUUACUGCGCGUCCGCGCCCAUGCUCCGGUUCAAGCGUGAUGGAUGCGCGUUCGCGCCCAAGCUGAUGGUAUGCUGAUGAUACAGUCAUUGAUGGUAUGCUGAAGUGUAAGGUGGUGGGUUUAGUCGUCGAGCAGUCUACAAAAAAAACUUCAAGCUGGUUUUGGGAGGAGUUCUAGUCGCAAUUGAUAGACUCAGAACUUUGAUUUACGACUCGACGACCGGUACAUGGUCUUGGGGAAUUCAUCCGUUUCCGGAAUGGAUGAAAGACGUGUGAAACUGUAAGAAAAGUGUAGUAUGUAAAAGAUGUCUGUAUUGGCUCGUGUGGGAUGCCUAUUAUAGGCGUAAUAUGAAGGCUCUCUUGAUAUUUGAUCUGGAAGUGGGAACGUGGAACGCCUCGGUAGAGGAAUCCAUGGAGGCCACGACAAUUGACCUUCAAGUGGCUGCGUAUGAACGACAUGUGUGCCUACUUGCUAGUAAUUGUUCUACUCUGGAAGGGGAGUUUGAACGUAGGAGCGAUGUCGCCAACUUCCUCCGGAAUCCCAUGGUCCAGAGAAUGGAUGGAGCUUUGAUCAGGAGAGUUACAAAUCUAUAUGAACGUGCUUUGAUCAGGAGACGGAGAUUUCCAUGGAACAUGGACAAAGCAAUAUGGAACAUGGACGAAACAAUGGAUGAAGCUGUUAUCAGGAGAUUUGUAGAUCAAUUGGUUCUAGAUUAUCCCACAGUUUUCAACUUCUAUGCCACAGGAGGCAGGGAUGCAUAUUUCGUGUUCGAUGAUGAAGGCAUAGAACUUGAUGUGGUUAAAUAUUGAGCUGACUUUGACUGGAUAUUUUUCUACCCCAUCCUCCUUUUCACUCACGCAAUAGGGUUCAAUACGUUAUAUCCGCUCCGAUCGCCGACGAUCCUUGGUGUGCAAUAAUUCCAAGUCCCAGAUGAUGUGCAGGGCAGGGAUGGAUAAGACAGCAGGAGAGACAUCGGCAGGAGGAGACGCGGGAAGCUCUUGAGUAAGUUAUUAAGGACGAUCAUAGGCAAGCUUUUGGGCAAUCAGUUUGACGUGGCAAUGGAAUUUCCUUGAGAAGGAGGUUUCCUCGGUCCUACAGCACAGAUCAGCUUAUGAAAUAUGGUUCCUUUAACAAUUAAUUCUGUGCAGCCAUUAUAAGGUGGCAAUGGUUGAAGAUGGUAAAACAGUGGAUUCAGAUAUUAUGGCUACAGUUGCAAUAUCCUUGUGAACUUUUUGAAUGAAAUUGCUAUGAAAAUU